UUAUCGCUUCGCCUCUAGCGUCCACGACAAGACGUUAAAAGGAGCUCAGCUUGCUGUAGUCACAUUAGGUGUUCAACCCGUUCACUUCACAUCAUCCAUUGAUACACUAUUGGUGAAAGAACUCUCUGAAUCUAUCAUUUCCAAGAAAAAAAGAAAGAUUUUUCAAGAAACUGGAAGAUAUUUUCACGAUGCGGAUGUCAUGUGCUUCAGUAUCUUUUCCUCCAGAAAACCCCUAUCCUUCGUACCAGCCUCCAAGCCACGAUCCAUCAGCCAUGAGUAUGUACGGUCCUCAACCAAGUACUUUACCCACUGCAGUUUCUCAUUGUGGUAAAAUGGAGCCACGUUUAAUGAACGUUAACGUCAGCUCGUCAUAUCAUGGCUUAAAUGGUGUUAAUUCCAUGGCACCUAUGCUUACUCAUGACCGUGGCCCACCUCCACCGCUACCUCUAGACUUUGGUGUCGACUCGUCAAAACUACGCGAGCUGGAAGCGUUUGCAACACAGUUCAAACUGCGUCGAAUUAAACUUGGUUACACGCAGACUAACGUCGGAGCUGCUCUGGCUGCUGUACAUGGUACUGAUUUCAGUCAAACUACAAUUUGCCGUUUUGAAAAUCUACAAUUGAGCUUUAAAAACGCUUGUAAACUGAAACCAAUUCUUGAUCGUUGGCUGGAAGAGGCAGAGCGCACUGGAGGCGCCUGUGGGGAGAAGUUUGGCUCAGAGAGACGCCGUAAACGAAGGACAACUAUUGGUCUUGCUGCCAAAGAAGCCCUGGAGAACCAUUUUAUGAAACAAACCAAACCUUCGUCUCCCGAGAUCGUUCGAAUCGCCGAUGGUCUUCGGCUCGAUAAAGAAGUAGUUAGGGUAUGGUUCUGCAACCGCCGACAACGGGAGAAAAGAGUGAAAACUUCGCUAAACCUGCAUAACUUCUUGGGUUACAAGACUGAAUGAACUCACUGUAUCAUAGUGAAUGGAAGUUUUGUAAAUAUCAGAAACACUUACGCACUGAGUUCAGCAUGCAUUUCUAUGUUUAAGCAAACGACAAACGUUUACUGAUUUCAUGAACAAUAAAAAAGGAAGUUGUUAAUUAAAACAUAAUUCGAGAACAAAUAAUCACAAUGCGAUUAAAAGCUCUCGAAUGCUGUAAAAUAUGUACAAUUGGCCUAUUGUAAUGGACAAUAACUUCACAACAAUGCUAUGAUGGAAUGCUUUUGAAUCGAAACUAUGUACUUGAAUGGAAACUUUCUUAAUUGAAACAUUGUUCCACAUGCACGAUUAUUGCAUGAUCAACGCACAGCUAAUAUAAGUAGUAUACCGGGAUGAGAAUCGACCAUCAGACUAUGUUACAUCUGUAAUCAUUACUAAUUGCUUGUUUUGGGUUGUUUACGAUGUUACAUCUUUAUUCUUUUGAAAUAAAUAAACAUGGCUGUAG